UGUAUGGACAUCGAUUAAGAAAAAGAAUUUAACGAAGAAAAUAAUUAAAUAAUAGAAGAAGAUAUCAAUUAAAUCUAGAAUGAAGUACAAGAUAUCCAAUUCUAAUAAGUGACUGAUAAUUAAGAGAAUGUAUAUUAAUAAUAAUAAUAAAUAACAAAAUUAGAAUAAAAAGGGUGAAAUAAGAAGAGUGCCAGUACCUCCUCAUAGAGUGACUCCUUUAAAAAAUAAUUGGGAUAAAAUAUUAACUACAAUAGUGGUAUUUAUUUAAAUAAAAAAUAAAAAGGAAAAUAUGAAAUUGUAAAUAAGAAUGAAUACAAAAAAAAAAUGUGUAGAAAUAAAAACAUCUUAAUUUACAGAAGACAAAACUUCAUUAUAAAGAGGUGUAGAUUUUUUGAAAGCAUUUAUGAUGGGUAAUAAAAUUUAACUGAACAAUUUAUUAGGAUUUGAUAUUGAUGAUUCAGUAGCUUUGUUGAGAUUAGAUGAUUUGUAUGUAGAAUCAUUUGAAGUUAAAGAUGGUAUUAUAGUAAAUAAAAUAUGAAUAGUUAAAACAUUACAUGGUGAUCAUUUAUCAAGAUGUAUUGGACGUAUUUCUGGUGAAAAAGGUAAAACUAAAUUUGCAAUUGAAAAUGCAACAAGAACAAGAAUAGUUUUAGCAGAUUAAAGAAUACAUAUUCUUGGAAGUUAUUCUAAUAUCAAAGCUGCUAGAGAUGCAAUUUGUGCUUUGAUUUUAGGAAGUCCUCCUGGAAAAGUUUAUUCAUAAUUGAAGUCUCUCUGUAGAAAAUAUGUGGAGAAAAGUUGAA